ACACAUAAUCAUAACCCUUAAAAUCCUCGAUGCCAAGUUGUCGUCCCAAAGCUUAACAGUUCGCACACGUUUCCGUCUCCUUCUCCUUCCUCAAGUUCCACCAUCUCUGUUAUCUAGGGCGUUUCUGAACCCUUAACCCCCUAGAAAAUAAAUUUGCCUCCUCCAAACGAGCAUAUUUUUCUCUUUCUAGGAUUUGCAUUCAUCGAUCCUUGGGUGAACAGAUGGAUCUGGAAGUGGUGGGACGCCACGCGCUCCUCUUUGACGACGACGCAACGGCGGCAUUCGUGAACUCCAGCGACGCUCUCGUUGAGUGGAACUUGCUCCCCAUCGACCGUUACGACGUCCGUCACCUCCUCUCCAGCUUACCCCCGCGGCUCAGGAGGCGCCACUACCAUAUCGAGGGACGCUCUUCUUCAUCUCCUCCUCCUUCCGAUCUUUCAUUGGAAUUGGAGUUGGACCAAGAAAGAUACCUGGAUCUGCCGUCGCCGUCCGGUGAACAAGAAGCAGACAAUGGUGUGGAAUCUGUCAAUGGUGGAGCCUAUCGUUCUGUUCCCUUUACGUAUGGAGACCCUGAUGACUCCACAGACCAAAAGAAUGCUGAUGCUGGGUUGGAAAAUUCUGGAUUUCGUCCAACUUUCCCAGUGCCUGAAAACCUAGUCCAUAACCUACCACCUACAGAGAAGGUACAUCAGAUCAUUGCAAGGACUGCUCUUUUUGUUAGCAAACAUGGUGGGCAAUCUGAAAUUGUUUUGAGGGUGAAACAUGGAGAUAACCCUGCGUUUGGGUUCUUGAUGCCUGAUCAUCACCUUCAUCCAUACUUCAGGUUUCUUGUUGAUAAUCAAGAACUUCUUAAGUUGAGCAUUGACGGCAAGUCUCAAGAAGAUGAGACUAAUCAAACAGGCGGCAUUAGAGUAGUUGGGGCAUUGUCCUUGCUUGGUUCUGUUUAUGGGUCAGGGGAGGAUGAGGAAGGUGCAAUUGAGGAUGCCCCAGAAUCUACAGAAGCCAAGUCUGCAGAGACCUCUGAUGCUAUUAAAUCAGCCAUUUCUCACAUGUCAGAACAAACAGAAUUUUCUGCUAGUGCAGCUGAAAAAGAUGAGAUGAUUUCCAAGCAUCCACUUUCUUCUAAAGAAAAAGGUCGUGCAUCAAAGAGGAGUCGCUUGAAUAGUACUGUCAAGGUUGGUAAAAAGGAAGGUGACAACUUGGGUUUGCUGCCUACACCUGUGGACAGGACGCAGUCUCUUACUGUGCCGAGCUCAUCCAUGGUUGAGACAUUGGUUUUAGAACCUCCAGCUGAUAUAAAGAGACUAGUUGAUAAAAUAAUCGAGUUCAUAAUGAGGAAUGGGAGGGAUUUUGAGGGAGUCCUCAUUGAGCAGGACAGUAAGCAUGGCAGAUUUCCAUUUCUUCUGCCAUCCAGCAAGUAUCAUCCUUACUAUCUUAAAGUUCUUCAAAAAGCUGAGGAGUCAAAAUUAUCUGGCAAGAGCUUCAUCUCUGAGAAGGAUGACCCAAUUGGUCAUGGGGUGGACAAGAAAAUUGCCCCAACAUCCAGUGAUCCAGUGACUUUAGGAUCUGCUGCUUGUCAUGAUAUACCAUAUGACUCUGACAGGAAGGAAAAGUUCAAAAUGGUAAUUGGCAAGUCAAAGAAGGAUGGACAGGACCCGCCUCCCAAAACCACUCAGCAACAAUUUGGAGUAAGUGUGGAUGCAGCUGCUGCUGCAGCCAUUCUUCAGGCUGCCACAAGGGGCGUUAAGAAUCCCAAUUUGGGCAUUCUCCCAUCAUUAAAUGGCAACUAUCAUGGCCUUAGCUGCGAAGGGGGGCAGGCCUCAAGCUUUGGCACGCUUCAUUCGUCUCAGCCUCAUGGUUCUCUCCCAAAACCAGAUCAGAAUGGGGAGGCUAAUGUCACUGUCCCUGUUGCGAAGGCUAUUGCAAAGACAGCUGCCCUUGCAGCUGCAAGUGAGGCUGACUCCUCUGAAGCAAGUUUGACUAGAGAGGAGAAACUGAAGGCUGAGAGGUUAAAAAGGGCAAAGAUGUUUGCAGCCAUGAUAAAAAGUGGCACAGCACCAUUAAGAACCCAAACUUCCCGUGGCUUGUCAGUAGAACCACCUGAAUCUGGAGUUUCUGGGACAGGUGUUGCAAAUGCUGAGGGUAAAGAAAGAGAAGGCAGCUCGGUUCCCCAAGAUCUUACUCCAUCAGAUAAAGAUGAGAAAAACGAAAAGAAACAUAUUGAUGAUGAAUAUAGUAAACGGAGAGCAAACAGAAUGUAUCGUUCAAGAUCUAAAAGGCAUGGAAAAGAUGAUGAGGACGACGAGGAUAAGGAUGAGGAAGAAGAGGGAGAGGAAGAGGAAGAAGAAGAGGAAGAGGAAAAGGAUCACAAGCACUCUAGGAAAAAGCAUCGCUCUCACCGUUCUUCACAUCACCACCGUAAGGAUAGACAUAAGCACCGGAAAAGACAUUCCUCUUCCAAGGACAGAGAUUCUCGUCAUCGGCAUAAACAUGUUGAGUCUUCUGAUGAUGAGCAUCAUCACCAAUCUCGUCACCAUCGUAAGCACGAUGAGUCUUCUGGGGAUGAGCAUCGUCACCAAUCUCGUCACCGGCAUAAGCACGAUGAGUCUUCUGAUGGUGAGCAUCAUCACCAAUCUCGACAACGGCAUAAGCACCACCAUGAGUCUUCUGAUGACGAGCAUCAUCACCGGAGAAAAUCUAUGAAGCGGAGAAAGAAAUCUCACUCAGAAAGAGAAGUGGAGUUGGAGGAAGGUGAAAUAAGUACAAAAGAUUCUGAUCAUUCAAAGGGGAGUGGGGGUGAUGGGACUAGCAGAGAAAAUUCUAUGGAUUUAUCAAAUUCAGCUCAAGACGGGAGGGCCUCCUCUCAGCUUCCUGAAACGACUGCCCAAGUUCCCGAUGACCUUAGAGCCAAGGUCCGAGCGAUGUUGUUGGCAACCUUGUAAUAUUUUAGGAGCGCCCCAUCUGUUUCUUUGGGGUUCUGUAGUAUAAAGGAGGCACGGUUAUGACUGUUUAUGUUUAUAAAAAAGGGAAAAAAAAAAAAUUAGUGAGAGCUAA